AUGGUUCCCGGCGGAUCCAGCACGCGCGGCCGCGGGGGCUCGCCGGGUGCUGGAUCCGUCGGUGACCAUAUACAGCUAAGGAUGGCUAAAAAUGAAGGCAGCAGCAUCAACUCUUAUACAAUUCAAAACCAAAUACCACCUCAAAACUCAAACUCAAAUCUAAAUCCACAAGAUCUUCCUAGCAGUCCAUACUUCAUUGGAACUAAUGAAAACUCAGGAUCAUUACUGGUUACUCAAAUGCUCAAUUCUACUAACUACCACUCUUGGGCAAGGUCCAUGAAAAGGGCUCUUCAAAUCAAGAACAAAUUGGGCUUCAUUGAUGGGAGCAUCUGUGAACCGAUUGAUGUUGAUAGUCCAUUGAUGGAGCAUUGGCUUCGUUGCUAUGAUAUUGUCAUCACCUGGAUGCAAAACACAAUGACAGUAAACAGUAAGGCAACUCAACAAAAUGCUCCCAGAAUCUAUGAAGUCAAGCAAGGAAUUGCAGAACUGGUGCAAGGUCAAGAUUCAGUGAGCACUUAUUUUUCGAAGCUGAAAACACUUCUUGAUGAGUUGAUGAAUUAUGAAUCUAUCCCCAAUUGCACUUGUGGAAGGUUGAAGACAGUGGUUAGCAACCAAGAAAGAGAUUGGGUAAUGAAGUUUCUCAUGGGGCUCAAUGAUUCUUACAAAAUUCUCAAAGCUCAAAUUCUACUGAUAAAGCCUGUUCCCAAAUUAAAUGAGGUAUAUUCUAUAAUUCAGCAAGAAGAAAAUAGAAGGGAUAUCUCUAUUGAUUCACCUACCACUGAUGGAAUGGCACUGGUGUCAAGAAGUAUCCUUAAAGAAGCAGAGAAAAAAAAAUCUAAGAUGACAAAAGAAAUAUUUCUGCACAUUUUGCAAAAUACCUAG